GGGGGCGGGGCCCGGCUCCGUCCGGGCCUGCGCCGGUCACGGCCAGACAGGCGGGAUCCUCCCCCGGCCCCACCCCCUCGGGCCGGGCGCGCAUGCUCAGCCGGGGCCGGGGGAAGCGGGGACGCCGUGCACCGCCGGCAGUGCUGCCCCAUGGCGGUGUCGAGCCUGACUCGGGCCUUGGGGGCCCUGCUGCUGUCUUCUGCCCCGAGCCUCCCGCAGAGAGCCCAAGCUCCCAGGCUGGUCUGCCUUGGGGGCAACCUCCUCCCUCCGGGCCAUGGAUUCAGCACUUCCUCCACCCUCUCCACCAACGACCCCAUGUGGAAAUGCAGGAUCAAAUACACCACCAGACCCAUUGGCAUGAAAAAGACAGGUGGCCGUGAUCACACAGGUCGUAUCGCUGUGCAUGGGAUCGGCGGGGGGCACAAGCAGCGCUACCGCAUGAUUGACUUCCAGCGGCUGCGCUAUGUACCUGGGGCCGAGUCCGGCCCCUACGAGGAGAAGGUGAUCCAGGUCCGCUACGACCCCUGCAGGUCGGCUGAUAUCGCCCUGGUGGCUGGCGGCAAGCAGAAACGCUGGAUCAUUGCGACAGAAAACAUGCAGCCUGGUGACCUCCUCAAAACCUCAGGGCACAUAGGCAGGAUGGCAGUCUCUGCCAAUGAGGGGGAUGCAUACCCAUUGGGAGCUCUGCCUGUGGGGACCCUGAUCAAUAACCUGGAAAGUCACCCUGGGAAAGGAGCGCAGUACAUCCGAGCAGCAGGGACCUGCGGGUGCUGGUCUGAGGUGACCGGUGGGGGGGGUGCCCAGCCCUGGGGAGGCAAGGACCUGUGGGUGCUGUGGUACCAGGGAACCAAUGCUGAUUCCAGGCUGGUAUCCUGGGCCUUUGCCCUCCUUCACCAUCUUGGUUCAAGGUCCCUGCUCUGGCAGCUCUGCCCCAGGAUGGGGAGAAUAUUUCCUAUUGCUUUGCCGGUUAUACAGCUCUCCCCUAGCCUCAGUUGUGAGGCCUGACAUCCCAAAACAGCAACUCCUGGUUGGGGAAGGAGCUAAUAUCUUGUCCCAGUGGGUGAGCAGUGCUCCCAGCAGGGCACUCCCAGGGCGUAGGGCCUUUCCCAAAGCUAUCUGCCUGCCCCAGGCCAGGGGGCGGGGGUUCCUUACCCGUUGAGUCUGGAACACUCCCUUCUUGUGAGUAUGAAAAUCCCGAGUGCCUUUGUCCCCUCCCGCCCGCCUCCUUCAGUGACAAGGGAAGAGGUGAGGGCUCUGUGCAUCUGGGAUGGAGCCACUUCUCUCUGAGGCACUGCAGAGGGCUUCAGCUGGUUUGCUGGCAAGGGAUCAUUUGCUAAGGGAGGAGGUUGCUGGCAAGGGACUGGUUGCUAAUG